GCUCCGCAGCGGCGCUCCCGGCCCCGGCAGCGGGUGCUCGGCUCGGCGCCCCCCUCCCCAGCGCACACACACACCCCACACACCCCCCCCCCCCCCAUUAAAGCUGUCAGCGGUGGGGGGCUGCGAGUUCCGUCCCCACCCCGCCAGGGUUUCUCCAGAAGCUGCUCGGCCUCGCUGUAAAUAACAGCGGCUCCGACGCCGAGGCUGCAGCCGGGCGCAGCUCGCUUCCCCAGCAACUCCCGGGAGCCCCGACGGGAGCCUGUGAUCCCCAUGGCUUUGCUCCUGAGACUCGGCUGCUCGCUGCUGGCCCUCAGCACUUGCCUCCUCCUCGGGGUGCGGGCGGACUGCGGCCGCGACUGCGCCGGCUGCGCCUACCGCCUGGGCCCCCGCGCCGGCAUCCACCCUCUGGCAUGUACACUAGAAUGUGAAGGAAAGCUGCCUUCUGCCAAAGCCUGGGAGACCUGCAAGGAGCUCCUACAACUGGUGAAGCUGGAUCUUUCUGAGAAUGGCAACGUUGCUCCAGGAGACAAGAAAGAGCUGGAUGAGAACCAUUUGCUUGCGAAGAAGUAUGGAGGCUUCAUGAAAAGAUACGGCGGGUUCAUGAAGAAAAUGGAUGAGCUCUAUCGGGUAGAACCAGAGGAUGAAGGUAACGGAGGCGAAAUCCUGGCUAAGAGGUAUGGAGGGUUUAUGAAGAAAGACUCAGAUGAUGAUGCCCUUGAUAAUUCCUCUGAUCUGCUGAAGGAGCUUCUGGGAACAGGGGACAACCCUGAAGCGGGGCAUUACCGCGAGAUAAAUGAAAACGAUGGGGAUGUCAGCAAAAGGUAUGGAGGCUUCAUGAGAAGCAUAAAGCGCAGCCCCGGAUUGGAAGAUGAAGCCAAAGAGCUGCAAAAGAGAUACGGUGGUUUCAUGAGAAGAGUGGGCAGGCCAGAAUGGUGGCUGGAUUACCAGAAACGAUACGGUGGGUUUCUUAAGCGCUUCGCUGACUCCAUUCUCCCUUCAGAAGAAGAUGGGGAAGCUUACUCCAAAGAGGUCCCAGAGAUGGAAAAGAGAUAUGGUGGAUUUAUGAGAUUUUAAUACAUUUCCCUUUAUCCCUUUUGUCCUAAAUGAGAAAGACUGCCUUAUUGGUCAUAACUUAUUGUAACGUGUUGCUUGUACUGUACAGUUUUUUACUGUCCUUGGUUAAUGAUGCAACCUGCGAUUUGUUGUUUCAGGUUCUGUGUUCUUUCCAGUCAAAUAACUAAUUUCUGUUUUAGUCAAGUUUCAGUCUGUAUUGUAGUUUCCAUGCUAGAACUAUUUUUAUUACUGUAUUCAUUUUCUUUAAAGAGGAAGUACAUUGACAGUAGAGUUGCUUAACUGUAUAUACAAUAAAUUCUUCAUCCUAACUGCA